GUAACGUGGAUCGGACUGACUAGCACCGGCCCGCACGCGCGCGUCUAUUUCCUCUCUCAGUGCUGCGGUGCACACGCGUUUCACUAGUUUUGACAAAGGGGAUGCUUUUCUUUUGGAGGCGGCAUCUCUUGUUUUCCAUCAGCGCGCGCUUGAUGAGGAUUAAAUCACUCUCCGAACAUCAAUCUCGUCUCAGAGCGGAUCAGCACCUUGGACAGCGGACGCCAGAGGCGCUCAAAGCCGGCAGAGCAGAAAGAGAGCUGUGACCACCCAUUCGGUCUUCACCGCUGACAGUACGCUCAGCUCUGAUGCAGGAGUAAAAGACAGCGACAAGAGACCAGCACAGAACCCAACCAUGCUGUUUAUAUGGGUCAGCUGACACAGACAAGCAGGCCCAUGUCGGUAAGGUCAGGAAGUCGACACAAUCUGGCUCAGCAGUGGAUACACAUACAGAUAUAUCACAGUCACGUCGUAUCAAAAAGAUAUUUACGUACAAAACUAGUGUGGAGGCCAUGUGAAGCUCGAAAUGCGGUAAAGAGUGGCUGCGUGGAGCUUUGCUGAACGGGCUCCUCGGUCACCAGCAUCAAUGGACAACAGUUUGCACACCAUGAACUAACCCUGCAAUUUGAGAAGGAUACGUUUGUUCGUUUUUUUACUUUGAUAAACAGACAGCACCAUGGUUCUGCCUCCACCUGACAAGCGGCAUGUGUGUUUAACCACCAUUGUGAUCAUGACCAGCAUGGCCUUCAUGGAUGCCUACCUUGUGGAGCAGAACCAGGGCCCGCGCAAAAUCGGAGUCUGCAUUAUUGUUUUGGUUGGAGAUAUUUGCUUUCUUAUAGUCUUGCGUUACGUGGCGGUUUGGGUCGGCGCUGAGGUGAGGACUGCGAAGCGUGGCUACGCCAUGAUCCUCUGGUUCCUCUACAUAUUUGUUCUGGAGAUCAAGCUAUACUUUGUCUUCCAGAACUACAAGGCUGACCGUAAAAGCCUGGAGACGGUAGCUCGGAAAGCAUUGACUUUGCUGCUGUCGGUUUGCGUUCCUGGACUCUACCUAGUCCUGGUUGCACUCGACAGCAUGGAGUAUGUAAGAACCUUCCGGAAGAAGGAAGACAUGCGGGGUCGCCUUUUUUGGGUGGCACUUGACCUUUUGGAUGUCCUGGAUAUCCAGGCUAACCUUUGGGAGCCACAAAGGACAGGUCUGCCCAUCUGGGCCGAGGGUCUGAUGUUCUUCUACUGCUACAUCCUGUUGCUUAUCCUGCCUUGCGUUUCUCUGAGUGAGAUCAGCGUGCAGGGCGAGCACGUGUCGCCUCAGAAGAUGAUGCUCUACCCGGUCCUCAGUUUGGUGACCAUUAAUAUUGUCACCAUCCUCAUCAGAGGCGUCAACAUGGUGCUGUUUCAAGACAGCAGAGUCUCGACCAUCUUCAUAGGGAAGAACGUUGUUGCCAUUGCCACUAAGGCCUGCACCUUUCUGGAGUACCGAAGACAAGUUAAGGAGUUCCCCCUGCAAGAUCCAGCCGGGAUUGCCAUGGAGAUACAGCAGAACUCUGUGCCACACAAUCAAACUCUACCAAACGCCACAACCACCCUCCCAGAAGAGCCCUCACCGGCCCGUGAGGUCAUCGACACGUGACCAGAGCUGACAAAUCUGUUAAUGUUAAGGGGGAAGGAAGACAACCUUAGUGAGAUCAGACUGGGACAUGAUGAAGUAUCCUUCUGGUCCCUUUACUACUGAGCAAGGAGCCCUAAGAUUACGAUUUUGAAGAAUUUUUGAAGUCCUACUCAUCUAAGCGGAGUGUUCAAAGGCCAUUAAUGCUCAGAUGCACAAAUGGAGGCUCACAAAAUCCUGAUUUUAAACCAGAUUUUGUAAUUUCAAGCAGCUGUUUUGUGAUGUUAGAUAUGGGAUGUUUUUUAAAGAGAUUUGUGUUAUGGUGGCUCUCAUUGCUCUCCACAUGGUAUCCGCACAGAUUUCUGUAGAAUCUGAAUGCUCCUCAUUUUCAAGUUCAAAGUUGCCUUGCCCCUUGUGUGUUAAUUUAUGAAAUAUUUUGGGUAGUUUGAAUAUGCUUUCAGCUAUAAAUGAGUGUCCACUUCUCUCAGAUCACCAUGUUUAAAUGGAUUUCAUACAAUUUUGAAGAUUCCCUCCCGAAAAUAAGUGCAUAAAAAGUGAGGAAAUCCAGGCUAGGCUUGCUGACGAGCAGAAAAUGAGAAACCAAGCGUACUAAGUUUAGUCCACUCCUCCUACCAUAAUCUGUAAACAGAUCCGAGGCAAGAAGUGAACUUUAAGUGCACUUCAAAAUUAUGUUUUAAAGAAUUAUGUAAGUUGAAGAUGAAAAUGAUUUUUUGCGUGUUAAGAAGUGAGCAUGUUUUAAAGUGAAACAUCUCCCACAGGAUUCUUUCCUAGGGAUUAAAAUGGGAACUAGAAACUUUUAAUUUGCCAAAAUGAAUUUUCAGUCUUUAUGAGUUUUGUACGUCUGUAUAGAGAGAAUGGAAGACAGAACGAAAGAGAGCUCAUUUAAAAAACUGAUGCUAUUGGAUGGUAAUACAUAGAUAAAUAUACAAUACAGUUGUUUUUAAAGAGAUAAUUGUACUAUUAUUAUUAUUAUUAUUAUUAUUAUUAUUAUUAAUUAUUAUUAGUAUCUUGUUUCUUUUCUUUUAGCUGUGACAUUUUAAAUGUUGCAAA